UUACAAGAACUCUCACAAGAUGGGAAUAAGAAACUGCCAUGUCCAAGACAUGAAUUUGUGCUUUGAAGCUCCACCCUUCAUUGAAUGGCUCAAGCCAUCACCUUCUCCUUUAUCAUCAUCUUCAUUUUCUUCUUCAUCGUCACCUACUAUCACCCAACAAGUUCAGUUCACAAACACCAUGAGCUUCUUGAAACUUCCUCUUUAUUACCAACAACCUCAUCAGCAGCAAGAAAUUGUUCAUGAGACAAUUGAAUGUCUUCCUCUUCUAAGCAAAUUAACUGAGAGAAAGCCAUUGAAAGAGGAGGCAGAUGAUGAAGAGGAAAAGGAGAGCUCUGGUUUUAAAGAAGAUAAGACAGAGAAAGUAGCAGUGGGGUUGCAUAUAGGACUGCCCAACACAGGAAAUUCUGAAGCAAAAACAAAGCCCUUCAGUGUCAAGGAAGAAGAACCCUGCAAGAAGAGUUUUCAUGGCUGCAGUUUCAACACUGAGAGUAGGUUUUGGAUCCCAACACCAGCACAAAUCCUCGUCGGACCGAUGCAGUUUGCUUGUGCCAUAUGCAGUAAGACCUUCAAUAGGUACAACAACAUGCAGAUGCAUAUGUGGGGGCAUGGCUCUGAAUUCAGAAAAGGACCAGAAUCACUGAGAGGAACACAACCAGCAGCAAUGCUGAGGCUACCUUGUUACUGUUGUGCUCAAGGCUGCAAGAACAACAUCAACCACCCGAGAGCCAAGCCACUGAAGGAUUUCAGAACCCUUCAAACCCACUACAAGAGAAAGCAUGGGGCUAAACCAUUUAUGUGCAGAAAAUGUGGGAAAUCAUUUGCUGUCAAAGGAGAUUGGAGAACCCAUGAGAAGAAUUGUGGGAAGCUCUGGUAUUGCACUUGUGGUUCCGAUUUCAAGCACAAAAGAUCACUCAAGGACCACAUUAGGUCUUUUGGAAAUGGUCACUCUCCACACCCUUCUCUUGAAGGGUUUGAAGAUGAGAAAGAAUGCAUCACAGGCUCCGAAGAUGAAAAUGCUCGCUGCGGUCCAAUGUACGAGACUCUCGCCACUGAACAUUCAUGGUGAUAUCUUUCAUUUUCCGUUUCUUGAAGAAAUGCUUAUGUUAGUAAGUUCAUCCAAGCUUGUGCUCCGUAACAAAAAGUUCUCAAGUGUUGUCGCAGGAAGCAUAUAGAGAGCGGUUUGCUAGGGAGCAAUUGCUGGGUGGUGAGCCAUAAUAAUAUUUGUAGAAUGUUUGCAAAAUGGUUUGGUAAUAAGUUGAUUGCCUUGAAGUCGUGAAGCAGAUGAAUUUUCUUCUCACUUAGCAAUACAAAGAAGGUCCAACAUGUUCCAGCUGUUGUAAUCUCUCUAAUGGAGAAAAUUUGUCUGCUUCAUUGCUAAACUGGUGUUCUUAAUAUAUGCACUGUGUUUUUUUUAUAUGUUACAACAAU